AUGAUGCGAAGGCUCGUGUUGUGGACGGCUGCCUUGCUCGGCCUUUGUUCGGCUGGGGCGUACCCGCCCGAUGUCGUGGACAAGCUGGCCGAGGCCAGUUUGCCGAAGUUGAAGGACUACCUCGCCAAGAAUCCGCAAGGGAGUUGCACCUUGGAGACGGCAGUUCGCCGGAAGGAAUGGAGCGAUCUCAGUGUGAAGGAACGCAAGGAAUACACCGAUGCGGUUCUCUGCCUCCAGUCCAAGCCGGCCUUGACAACCUCCCAGGCGCCGGGCGCGAAGAGCAGGUUUGACGACUAUGUCGUUAUCCACAUCCUGCAGACGCCCAGGAACCACGGUUCAGACCCGGCCAACUCGCCGCUCUUCGACGGCAGUGAGGGCAGCAUGGGCGGCAACGGCGCCAAGGUCGCGCAUCAAGGCAUUCCCAUCCCCGGCGCCCCGAGUCCCUACAACGUCAUCCCGCCAGGCGACGGCGGCGGCUGCGUCACCACGGGCCCGUUCAAGAACAUGACCAUCAACGUCGGCCCGAUCGCGCCGACGAUUCAAGUGCCGCGCAACCCGCGCUCGGACGGGCUGGGCUACAACCCGCGGUGCCUGCGGCGCGACAUCAACAAGCACGCGGCGGCGGUGACGACGGCCAACUACACGUAUGACCUGAUCACGAGCAACAGCGACGUGUACUGGUUCCAGACGGUCAUGGAGGGCCAGUUCGCGCAGGGCAAGUGGGGCGUGCACGCGGGCGGGCACUACACCAUCUCGGGCGACCCGGCCGGCGACUUCUUCGUCAGCCCCGGCGACCCGGCCUUCUGGCUGCACCACGCCAUGAUCGACCGCGUCUGGUGGAUCUGGCAGCUGCAGGACCUCGACCGCCGCCUCGCCGAGGUCAGCAUGACCCGCACCAUGAACAACAUGCCGCCCAGCCCCAACGGCACGCUCGACGACCCCAGCGGCCUCGGCGUGCUCGCCCCCGACGUCCCGGUGCGCGAGCUGAUGAGCACCAUGGGCGGGCUCGGGGGCAAGUUCUGCUAUAUCUAUGAGUAG